AUGACGGACAAAGGAUGUUACCCACCAGAGUUGAUUGCUCUGGCCUGGAACGGUCAUGGAAAUGGCAGUCUUGUCCCGAGCUACGUAUUCGGCGAUUGUAGGAGCACGGAAGGAUCCCGAGAGGUCAUAACCAUCAGCCAAAAUACCUCCUGCGCCGAUGAAAGCUGGGUUGCCAUCCACUUUAUCGGGGCUUUCCAAUCCAUAACCGCCACGGUGUCGAUCGACGAGCAUUCGCUGUGGGUGUAUGCCGUGGAUGGACGGUACGUCGAACCGAGAGAAGCACAAGCAGUCACGGUCUCCAACGGGGAGCGGUACUCCGUCCUCAUCAAGGCGGAUAAGGCAGGCAAGUUCGCUAUUCGUGUGGCGUCGGUGAGCGAUCCGCAGAUCAUCGCUGGUUAUGGGACUCUGGAUGUCACAAUUGCAGGCGCAGGUGGUGAUGGGAGAAAUGAAUCGGUGCCGUAUAUCAACGACGCAGGGAGAGCCGUCUCGGACAACGUCACCAUCUUCAACGAGACAUCCGCAAAGCCGUUUCCGCCGGUGCUGGUUCCAGAGGCAGCAGAUGCCACUUUCGUCUUCGAAAUGGGCAACACCGAGCCCGCUUACAUCUGGAUGAUGAACUCUGGUCCUCUCGAGUCAUCCGACCUCGAAGGCAGGAGUCCCUUUCUUCUGGACCCCCAAACAACAACCAACCUCACAAUCUCAACGCAAAAUAACACCUGGAUCGAUCUCAUCUUCGUCACGCACGUAUCACCCAACCCCGCCCAUCCCAUCCACAAGCACGGCGGGAGAAUGCACCUCCUAGGCACCGGAUAUGGCCCCUGGAUGUGGAACAGCGUCCAAGACGCGGCCAGAGACAUGCCCUUGUCGUUCAACAUCGUCGACCCGCCGCUCAAGGAUAGCUUCACAUCGUUGAGAGUGGGGUUGGAGCCCGGGCAGGACGUGGCCUGGAUGGCGCUGAGGUACCAUUCUAGGAACCCAGGGGCUUGGUUGCUGCAUUGCCAUGUCUUGCAGCAUUUGGUGGGCGGGAUGCAGCUUGUGAUUCUGGAUGGAGUGGAUGUUUGGCCGGAGAUGCCGGAGGAGUACAGGGCUCUGGCAGAGGGGGGUGGGUGA